CGAGAAAUUCCGGCCUGCAGCCCAGAGGCCUCAGCCCAGGCUUCCAGACAUGGAGAACGCUGUGGGUCGGCAGCCAGAGCUCCCUGUUGUAUUUUAGCUGUGCCAGGCAGUUGACUCCCUUGCGUGGCUUUGGGCGAGUUCCCGCCCCUCACUGGGCCUCGCUCUGCCCACCAGGAAGGUGAGAGGGUCUUUGGAUGGCUCCUUGACAGGCUCCCCCUGCGGCUUGCCCCCAGAUUCACCAGCCACUUCUCAGCAACACCUUGGCUGUCCUCUGCACUCUGGGUUUCAGCCAGACAGCCUUGGAUCGUCUGGAAUCAACCGUGGGGGGCAAGAAGCUGGACAACAGGCUCAGGACUUGUUUCCUGUGCAUUGAGUCAGUAGCAGGCCUUUCACUGGCUCUGCACCUAGGCAGACCUUGUUACCUCCAGUAAAGAUGAAAAUGGGGCUCAGAGAGGCUUAGAGACAGGACCUGGCCGCUCUGCCUGCCUUUGGCCCUGUGCUGUUCCAAUUCACCGAAAUUAGAUGCUUUUAAAGUCCAGAUUCGCCUGAGCAUGAUGCAGUGGAAGGGAGCACUGGCCAGUCUGGAAGUUUGGGUUCUGGUGCUGGCUGUGCCACUGACUCACCUUAGGCAAAUAUCUGCACCCCCUGGCUCCGUCUUCCCUGAUGAACCAGAGGUCUGUCACGUGGCCUGCAAGGACCCUGUGUCUUUGGCAUUGCUAACAAUAGUAAUAGCCAUCAUAAUUGUUUCCUUACCUUGACCUACAAGGCCCUAGUUUACCCAAAGCAGCCAACUUGCCAUUGACCUACCUCUGGGCCAUUGCACUUGCUGUUUCCAGUGCCAACAACAUCUAACCACCUCCAUUUCCCACAUAGUCAUUCUUCAGAUCCCCACUGAAACUUGACUUACUUAGGAAGUUCAGCACAAAUUAGAUGGGAUUCCGGGGUUUAUAUCCUUAUGGUACAUGCUGACUUUGUUAUACUUCAGUGUUUGUAUAGUUCUUUGCCUAAUAUCUGUGUCUCCUCUUCUUUAAUGCCUGUAAAUGCCAGGAGGGCUGGAAAUCUUUCCUAUUCCCUAGCAUCUAGCACACAGGAGGGGCCUGGAAAUUGGUGGAAUGAAUGGAUGAUCUCAUUUGCUGUAACAAUCUUGUGAGGUUGGGACGCUGUGCUCCUCUUCCAUUAGGAGACAGAGAUUCAGAGAGUGACACUCCGAGGGUCACACAGUAGAUCUUCUGCUGUGACCCACGAGGCCUGGAAAGAGAAGACCUUCAGGUUGUGGAGGGGGUCUUGUCCAGCUCAGUUUCUCUUUAGCCUCCGGCAGACUUGGGGCGGACUUGCCUCCGUCCUACAGGCCUAUGGGGCGUCGGCUACCGAUACGACUGCUGACGUGGGACGUGAAAGACACACUGCUCAGGCUCCGCCACCCCGUGGGAGAGGAAUAUGCCGCCAAGGCUCGGGCCCGCGGACUGGAGGUGGAGGCCGCCGCUCUGGGACAAGCCUUCAGGCAGGCAUACAGGACUCAGAGCCACAGCUUCCCGAACUACGGCCUGAGCCAAGGCCUCACCUCCCGCCGGUGGUGGCUGGAUGUGGUCUUACAGACCUUCUACCUAGCGGGUGUUCGAGAUGCCCAGGCUGUGGCCCCCAUCGCUGACCAGCUGUAUGAAGACUUCAGUAAGCCCUGCACGUGGCAGGUGUUGGAGGGGGCCGAGGCCACCCUGAGAGGGUGCCGGAAGCGAGGUCUGAGGCUGGCAGUGGUCUCUAAUUUUGACCGGCGACUAGAGGACAUCCUGAUGGGUCUUGGUCUGCGGGAACACUUUGACUUUGUGCUGACCUCUGAGGCUGCUGGCUGGCCCAAGCCUGACCCCCGUAUUUUCCAUGAGGCCUUGCGGCUUGCUCAAGUGGAACCGGCAGGAGCAGCCCAUAUUGGGGACAGUUAUCUCUGUGAUUAUAAGGGGGCACAGGGUGUAGGUAUGCACAGCUUCCUGGUGUUUGGCCCAGAGCCUUUGGACUCUGCAAUCAAGUGUUCUGUACCCCAAGAACGCCUCCUCCCCUCACUGUCCCAUCUCCUGCCUGCCCUUGACCGCCUAGAGGGCUCAGCUCUGGAACUUUGAGUCUGAUGAGGGAAGGGCCCCAGCAAAUGCUGGAGAUAAGAGAGCCCCUUCCUUCCUGAGAUCUGGCCUUUGCCCCCUCUCUCUGCAGCGUCCAAAUGCAUUGUGACUAUAAAACAGUAAAAUGCAGGGCUUUGAGCCCUGUGCCAUGUCUCUGA